AAACUCGUGUGCUGCUUCCCGUGUUUACCGAGCGAAUAUAAAGAGAUUUAGCAGCACGUCUGAGCCCGUCUUCGUCCUCUGUAAGGUAAGAUAAAGAAUAACUCAGAUAUAAAACUGAUAAUUUUGAAAGUUAAUAGUGAAAGUUGUCUGCGUUCGUUUAGGGUGUGCGUAGUUAAUACGGAAACCAACAACAAAACUCGAUUUUAAGAGUGAAGACAAGACGGAAGACAACAGGCCUGGCUAAACCAGCUUGGUGUUCACCGGUUAUCGCCUCCUUAUUUUACAGCAAACUACUAAUAUCUACAUUAUUAGCAUAUUGAACGUAGUCGUGAAACAUUUGAAUGUAAGUUUUGAAGCAGAUUUAGGAUCAGGGUCAUACAAAAGUUAAAACGAUUAGAGAGAAAAGGCGAAUACUCAUGUAUGCAUCGAGUAAGAUAAGUAGACUAUAGUCUCUUGUUUCUAUUGCAUGUCUUUCAAAUACAUUUAACGGUUAUUGUUACUGUAUAACUCAUUAAUAUAACUAACUUUUCCUCACAGUAUGAAGUGAGCUUGCUGGUUGUUGUAAAAAUCACGAUUUAUACCUUGAAAUCCUUAUUCUGGGAUUUAUUCUUUAGAUCUUUUUACGUGUUUUGCAUUGCUUUUCAAUAUGUAAUUCAAGUAGAGAACUGCAUUGUGUAAGAGGUUUCUAUUCUCUUGCCACAGUUGAUCUUUAAUAAGCAUCAUGGGAUCCAGUGAGAGCAAACCAGCUGUGCCUGCACCAAAGAAACCUGAGGCACCCAUCAAGAACAGCAGGAUCAUUGAUCUGGAUCCACGCUCCCCUUCAACAGGAAUCACUCGUACACCCAUUCAGGUAGGGGAGGUGGUUGAGGAAGUGACCCUGGAUGCUGUAAGAUUUGGAAGGGGAAACAUCAAAAAAUGUUAAACAUGUCGUAUGUUUCCUCAGGUCUGUGGGCCUUUGUCUAAAGUUUUUGCUGAAGUCAAGAGUGAGGCAUUCACCGAUCCCCGCUCACCCUCUGUUGGUAUUUCCCGCACACCUGCCAGAGAAGUUAUGAGGGGUAAAUAUUCGAUUAAUUAUUAGCUUAGCUCUUCUUGCUUGUUAUUCCCUCUGUAAUGAUGUCCCUCUGCUCUUGCCUCUAGUGACAGUUGGGUCCAUUACUCGCCGACUGGGCAUGUUAUUCCAUAAUGAGACUGAAGGUGUAGCCCCAGAAGCCCCUCAGAAAUGCUUCGGUGAUUCUGUGGAGGAGGAGGAGGAGGUGGAAAGUGAGGAGCUGGCAUCUACUGAGCCUCUCUUGACCUCUAAGCCAUCCCUUGUUUUCAGCUCCCUGGCUGAACAUGCUCACCUUCUUUUCACCCCUGAUAUGUCUAAUCUGGAGGGUGUUGAUGUUUCCAGCCCCUUUGUGCACCUCGAUGAGCCCCAGAUGCAGUUAGAGGUAGAAACUGAGGCCGACUUGAGCUUGGAGGAGGCUGAAGAAGCAAGGGAGUCCCCUCUCCACAAGAGACUGAGCAUGAGCUUGAUAACUUGCCAUGAGGGGGCGACCUCAACCCAGAUUUUUGCAGAGGUGCACCGUGAUGGUGCAUCAAUGCAAAGUGAGGAAGUGGAGCCACUCAGUGGUGGUGUGGAUCACUCUUAUUCCCUUCCCUCCAUCACUGUUAAACCAGAGUGUCAUGUUGAGCCUUCUUUCCCAGUUGAUUCAGAAGAUCCCCCAGCUCAGGAGUCCUCUGUGCAGUCAGAGAAACAAGCAGAAGACAAACCAUCCUCUGAGGAAACAAAAACAGUCAAAGAAGAGACUGCAACCGUCGCAGAGCAGCCACACCUCUGCAACGGCAUCCGCUGCCCCACCUUCGAUUCAAAGAGCCCGAGUCAGGCUGUGUUCAAACCACAGUGGCUGGGAAAAGGUUUUGGAGCCUCUGGGCUGCGUGCCAGAGGAGCACAGGGUGGGAAAAGUGGCUCCUCUCCGCUUGCUGUCCGUGUGGCUGUGAAAAAUGUGACCAAUGAAAACAAGAGACAGUCUGGAAAACUGAAGCAGAAUGGUGACUUAAAAAGUUACAUGGCAUUUUAUUAUCUGUUUAAAAAAACAAUGCCGUUACUGAAAACUUAUUUUUCUUGUUGCAGGUUCUGAAGGGCGUUCCCCACUGCAGAUCCUGAAGACAACCAACUCACCAAGGGAUCAAUACCCUCAGGUAAGGCAUAUAAGCUGUUCAAAGAACCUAUUUGUUUCCUUUUGCUUAAUUAGAACGUACACUAAUACAUCUAACAAGGCACCAAUGAUUAAUUAAGUUGUCUUAAAAAGAAUUACAACAUUAAAUGUGAUUGAAUGGCUGAGGUCAUUUGUUCUGACCCUCUCUCCAGGCGAAGCUGAAGGUGUCCGUUCCAGAUAAGCAGAGGCAUGGACAAAUGGACCGCAGAGUGCCAGCAGUGUGCUUAGAUAAGGAGAACAGAUGAUUCACUGUAACAUAAUGUACAGAAUCCUGAUACUUCUGUUUUUAUAGCUGUAUCUAAAAGGCUUUUACAUGUACAGAUUUCUGAAAAAAAAACAAAAACAAAACAGUGUUCUGUAAAUAUUUAACUUCCAAUCUGAGAAGUUUACUGUCCUGUUUUAUUCCUUUGUAAAUAUCAAUAAAAUUAUUUGCAUGACGCUAGUUUGUGUGUAUUGUUCAUAAGUAUGUUCACUGUUGUCUGUUACCCUCCCUGCUUUUGUAUGAGGGGCCUUUUCUACUUCAGCUCAGUGUAAAAUAUUUGGACCCUGUCUGUACAAACAGAGCAGGAACUCAACACUAAACAUUUGAUUAUGUUAUUAAAAAUUCAAUUUCAUGGAGCUGCAUUUUGAAUUCCAUUAUCCUUGGUACUCAUGAGUCUGUGUUGUAAAGCUUUUAUUUAACACCAGAG